GACCCUCCUUCUGAGCAUGGGAGCCCGCUGUGCGCCUCGGCUGCCCAACUCCUGCCCAGCCAAAGGGGCUUUACGAACAGUCCAGCCUCGCUGGCAUCCAGUCGCAGCACCACACCUGUCAAAGGCAAGGACCCGAAUUUGAACGAAACCAAUCCAGCUUCUUCCAAAUCAACCAGUUUGUCUCCAGUCUCUGAAAUACUCACUCCCCGAGCCGGCCCGAGUUACGUGCCUCAGAUUGCAAAGCCGUCCACCAGCGAUGUUAUCACCUUGAGGAGUCCGCUAAAUUCUUUCACCAGCAGUUUUGCUUCACCCUUCGGGGUGAUGCCUCACGCCGGCCUCAAUGGCGAAUUAGCUGCACCGAGUUCCUACGUCGGCAUCCAUCUUUCUGCAGGCCCUGGAGGAUACGGACGGUCUCCGCUGGUGGCUUUUGAAUCUCACCCACAUUUGCGGGGAUCCCCUCUCUCGGCCUCCCUCCCUGCAGUCUCUGGCAGCAAGCCGGCCUACUCCUUCCACGUAAGCGCGGACGGGCAGAUGCAGCCGGUGCCCUUCCCGCCCGACGCCCUGAUCGGCUCCGGGAUCCCGCGCCACGCCCGCCAGCUGCACACGCUCUCCCACGGCGAGGUGGUCUGCGCCGUCACCAUCAGCCACUCCACCCAGCACGUCUACACGGGGGGCAAAGGCUGCGUCAAGAUCUUCUCCCUGGGCUACUGCCCCACGGGAGAGUGGCUGGCAGUCGGGAUGGAGAGCAGCAACGUGGAAAUCCUCCACGUGAUGAAAUCGGAGAAGUACCAGCUGCAUCUUCACGAAAGCUGCGUCCUCUCCCUGAAGUUCGCUUCCUGUGGCAAAUGGUUUAUCAGCACGGGCAAAGAUAAUCUGCUUAACGCGUGGCGGGCUCCCUACGGUGCCAGCAUCUUUCAGUCCAAAGAAACGUCCUCCGUUCUAAGCUGUGACAUCUCGGCUAAUGACAAGUUUAUCGUGACUGGAUCGGGAGACAAGAAAGCCACAGUUUACGAACUGGUCUACUGA